CCCUGGCGGCGCGGGCGGCGGCCGGAGCGGCGGGGAUGAGCGAGGAGGGGGCGGGCGGGGCCCGGCGGAGCGGCGGCGCCUUCCCCAGCCUGGAGCAGAUGGUGGCCGCCAGCCCCGGGAAGACGCCCAUCAGCCUGCUGCAGGAGUAUGGCACGCGCCUAGGACGGACCCCCGGCUACGACCUGCUCAAGGCCGAGGGCCAGGCCCACCAGCCCAACUUCACCUUCCGCGUCACCCUCGGGGACAUCAGCUGCACCGGGCAGGGGCCCAGCAAGAAGGCGGCGAAGCACAAGGCGGCCGAGGUGGCCCUGAGGCUGCUCAGAGGGGGGGGGGCCAUGCUGGAGCCCCUGGAGCACAGCUCUGCUUUCCCCCCGGAGCCCCCGGCAGAGCCCGGCCCCGCCGCGCCCCCCCCGGCCCCCGCCGCGCCCCCAUCCUCGCCCAGGGGCGCUCCCCUGGAGAUGAAGACGCCGGUGUCCCCCCCCCAGUCCGAGUGUAACCCCGUGGGGGCUCUGCAGGAGCUGGUGGUGCAGAAGGGCUGGCGCCUGCCCGAGUACACGGUGACGCAGGAGUCGGGGCCGGCGCACCGCAAGGAGUUCACCAUGACGUGCCGCGUGGAGAGAUUCGUGGAGAUCGGCAGCGGCACCUCCAAGAAGCUGGCCAAGCGCAACGCGGCCGCCAAGAUGCUGGUGCGCAUCCACAACGUGCCCAUGGAGCCGCGCGACGGCAGCGAGGCCGAGGGCGAGGAGGACCAGUUCAACAUGACGUGCCCCCGGCUGGAGGGGCUGCGGGGCCGCGCCCCCGGCUGCACCUGGGACUCCCUGCGCAACUCCGCGGGCGAGAAGCUGGGCCAGCUGCGGAGCCGGGGGGGCAACCCCGCGCCGGGGGGGGCCUGCGCGCUCCUGCAGGAGCUCUCGGAGGAGCAGAGCUUCGCCAUCAGCUACCUCGACAUCGACGCGCUGAGCCUCAGCGGGCUGCACCAGUGCCUGGUGGAGCUGUCCACGCAGCCGACCACGGUGUGCCACGGAUCCGCCCCGUCCCGCGACGGCGCCCGCGCCCAGGCGGCCCGCAACGCGCUGCAGUACCUGCGCAUCAUGGCCGGGGGCAAGUGAGCCCCGCCCGGGGCGAGCGAGCCCCCCGCGGGGCAACCGAGCCCUGCCCGGGGCGAGCGAGCCCCGCCCGGGGCAAGCGAGCCCCUCCCGGCCCGUGCCCCUCGAGCCGCCGGGCAGCGCUCGGUGCUCUGGACGCUGCGGGCGGAUGGACAGACGGACCUCAGGGCCCGGGGUCCCCCUCCGGCCUGGAGCCCGCUCUGGAGGGUCCCCGGGUGCCAGCGGCCCCCCAGAAUAAAGCUGGGGGGGUUUGUA